CUCCGCUGUGGCCGGCUCGUGCCAGUACUCAAUUGACAGCCAAACGGCGCACGACUAAAACGCGAUGAAUUGCGGCUGAAAACUGCUAUUGAUAGCGAUUAUUGAACUACACGAAUAGUCACGACAGCGAGAACGGCAACAACGGACACGAUUACGUCUACUGCAACAACGAAAAAGACAACGGCUGCAAAAUAGCUAAAGAAGCGAGUGUAAAAAUUAUAAAUAAAAAGAAAAAAAUAUAUAAAAUAGCAAAGAACGACAAAAAUAUCUUUUUUAAACUCAGAAUGCCAUGAGACAUCGACUGCGUUGGCACUGUUGAUGAUGACGGCGAUUGCAGCAGCGAUGGUGGCCAGACAACGCAUUGCAUUGUGUUGAAAUGUUAAUACGUCGUCGCAUGAAUGCAAAUCGCAACUAGCAGCGACCAUGUGGCGGCGGCCGAGGAGGCAGCAACAAUAGAGCAAAAUUUUACAGUGCAACAGCGUCAAAAACAAUACUAACUUAAUCAAAUAAAUGUGUGUUGUGGUAAAAACAAAAGUUAGAGUAAAAUAUAAAAUAAAAGAAGAAAGUUUGAAAUACAUUUAUUUAGAGAGACGAAAAACUCAGAAUAAGGUUGAAGGUGUGCAUAGCCGCUGUUGAACAGUUCUUUAUAGUUCAUAUUGGCGCUUUCAAAUUCAAAAUUUUAAAUUGUCAACUUGUACGGUCACCAUUUUAAGUGUAUAUGACAAAAUUAACUAGUAUAUCAAUGGAACGAAAAUAGGGUUUACCUUAAAAAAAAAAAAAAAAAAGUAAUUGAUUUUUAUUAAGGCGAGCAAAACAUGAAAACGGUGGAAAUAUUUUUUUAACGAAACAAAUAUUUUAAAUUAAACACAAACGUAAAACAUGUGCAUUUGGAAAAUUUUUAUUUUUUAUAAUUUAUCAUAAAUAAACCGAAAACAAAUUUGUGUUUUGAAAAGAAAAGCUUUUAGAAAUCAUUAGUUAUAUGCAAAUAAAUUUAGAUAGGGUGAAACGGAAUGUAACGGACUUGAUUAGAUGGGUACUCUAUUUGAUUAAUAUGUACUAGUACUUGUAAUUAUAUUAAAAACAAUAUAUUCGAGUACAACUUUUUAACAGCGGUACCAAUUCUGUUUUAAUUCGAGUAGUACAUAAAGAAUUAUUCUACAUAUUCAAAUAGAAGACCACGAACUAUUUUUGCGUAGUAAAAGCAUUGGCCAACAUGUGAUACAUAAUGUUAUUGUUGUUCAUGUUAUAAUUUUUGCAAAAAUGUAUCAGUAUCGUCAAGUUUAUAUCACAUAAUUUCACACAUUUGAUUACCGUAUUUAUACGUAAUUAUUUCUUUUGUUUUUAUACAUUUUUCGCCAGAGUCAUUGACAGAUAAAUACAACGAAGGAAAGAAACACAAACACAACAAUGACGAACUGAACCAACCAAAAUACAAACAUUUUAUAAUAUGAUUAUUCACAUGCACAAAUUCACUGCUAGCAGUGAUGAAUCGCGACAAGAAUUGCACUUUUUUGCAUAUUCGAUAUUUUGCAGAUUUUGUCUCUGCCUCUGUUGAGAAAUUUGGUUGGAGUAAUGUUUGCAUCAAAUCGAAAAUUGCUUUCAUGAGAUUAAUGUAAAACCUAAAGCAUGUGCUCGUAAUGAUAUAGUAAACACGGUAGUAAUUUAUUUAAUAAAUAAUAAAAGCUUAAAGAUGUCGACGGAAAAUAUUUUCUACAAUAUUUUACGUAUAUUGAAAAUUAUUUUUGUUUAAUAUUUUUGCUUCUUGUUAUAAUGAUAGAAUCAAGCUUUUAAGGUCUGCAUUUCAGUGUACUUGUAUACAAAUAUGUUUGUCUGCAUGUAGAUGACGUACUCACAUUUAUGUAGGUACUUUCGCUUCCUUGCAUUAAUUCCCAAUUCCGCAACACAGGUCAUCGAUUGAUGUCCAUUGAAAAAAUAAACUAAGCAUUGCUUUCUAUUUCAUCGAUAAUUUCAUCAUCCGAGAAUUGCACAGUUGAAACUUUUGUAGAAUUGGAAAUCUAAUUUUUCAUAUUAUAACGAAGCAAAUGCUUGCAACUACAACUGACAUGAAGAAAGAAAGUGCAUGCAGCAGAAAAUAGUACAAAGUAAUGAAAACAGCCAAGCAGGAAAGUAGAAAACACUUGCAAAUUGUUACAGAUAAAAUAAAUUUAAAAAUGGAGUUUGAAUCUAUGCACAUACAUAUGUAUGCAUAUACAAAAAAACGCACGCGACCCACUAUGGGCUAAUUUGUUGCGCUGGCAAUAAGCAUAACUACAAUUACUUACCAAUAUAUGAUAUGUAUUGUUGUGGUUGUUGCUGUUGCUCAUCGACAGGCGGAAGGUAUUCGAACACACAACAAAUCAAAUCGAAUCAAAUCAAAUUAAGACAGAAUUCAAAGAAAAAGAAAAACGCAGAAACCCAAAUGAACUAAAUUGAGCCAUACAAAUUCACAUACUUACACACGAAAACUCUAGACUGCAUUGUAUUUGCAUAGAACUUAGCCGAAUACAAGUGUGCCGCAUUUACAUACAUUUUAUGAAGUUGUCGCGCAUUUAUAAACAUAGAUAUGUUUACACUCUGUAGGAAAAAAUAUUAGUUGUACACUAAAAUACUACCAGUUCACCCAACCAGAUCGUGUUACAUUUUUUUGUAAUGCUUACAAGUGGUAUUUUUAACACAGCAAUGCCCCGCGAAAUGCCAAUUGUCUGUCCGAAACAAACUGCAAAAAUUUUAACUGUAAUUAUAACCAAAUACACUACACUAUGCCAAUUGGAGCUGCAUAAAGCUUUUGUUCGCCGAAAUAAGAGAAAAAUGAAAGUGUAAAACAAAUCAACGUAAACCGAAAUAAAGUGCCGGUUGAAUGUUACAUGAAAGUUUUGACGGAGCUCCUCGAUGCCUUUCAUUUUUAUGCUGUGUUGCUUGAAAAGGAAAUAAUUCAAUCACUUUAAUGAAUAUUUGGCAACAAAAAUUUCCAAAACGACUAGCGGACGACGUUGACAAUGGAGCUGACAACUACGAACCACCACAUAAACUGCCAAAUAACAAUAACAACAGCAACAAUAAUAAUAACAAUAACGGGUCCGAAAAUCUAACAAAAUUCUCAGUGCAUAUUGUGCAAAAAUUGGAGUUUACCACCUCAGCGGCCAACUCGCAACCACAACAGAUAAGUACGAAUGUCACAGUGAAGGCGCUCACAAACACCUCGGUGAAGAGUGAGCCCGACGUGGGUGGCAGCGGCGGCGUGGGCUGUGGUUCAGCGAGUGGUGGCCAUAGCGGUGGUUCUGGUGGGCCAAACGAUCCGCAAGGUGGCGGCGGCACUGGUGGCGGGGGCAUACCGAACAAUGGGCGCGGAAAUCCUGGCAACAGUGGUGGUGCUAAUGGAGGCAAUGGCAUGGGCGGUAAUAAUGUACCGGGUGGCAUUGGCAGCAACUUAAUGGGUGGGCACAAUAAUUCGAAUACAACGCAGCAGCAGCAAAAAGUGGGUGUGGGGGGCGGUCUUGGCGGCUUAGCCAAUUUGGUGGAAUGCAAACGCGAACCAGACCAGGACUUUCCUGAUUUGGUUGGUUUGGAAAAAGAGGGUGGUCCCAAUAGCAAUUUUCCUGGUUUCCCCGAUCUCAUGGGUGAUGACAUCAUUAACGAUUUGCAAGAUUUCAAUCCAGACUUAUUUAGCUUCGACGAAAAGCCUCUCUUAGAUAUUAAAACCGAGGAUGGCAUUAAGGUGGAGCCACCAAAUGCUCAGGACCUUAUCAAUAGUCUAAAUGUGAAAUCAGAAAAUGCAAUGGCAGAUUUUAACGCCGCGUUUGGUGGUGGUGGCAACGGUAUGAGCGUUGGAGGUGCAAAUAAUAAUCUUAACGGGCCCCCACACUCCGAUCCCCAAACAUUGAACAAGAUGAGGCAAUUCCUGAACGGUCCCGAUAGCGGAUCGAUGAAUUCUUUAGCUGCGCAAACCCUGAAACAAAUGGCGGAGCAGCAUCAGCAUAAAAACGCGAUGGGUGGGAUAGGUGCUUUCCCUCGGCCGCCAAUGCAUCAGUCGCAGCAGGCGCAAUUAAUGGGCGGAAGUGGACGCUACAGUGAUUAUGGUAGUUUUGGUAACGAUUUUGGCAUGGGGUCCAAUGGCCCACAACAGCAACAACAUUUACCUCCACAAUUUCAACAAAAGGGUCCUGGAAAUGGGCCCAUGGGUGGUCCCGGUGCAGGGGUUGGUAUGCAACAGUCGUUCCUUGACAUAAAACAGGAGCUAUUCUACUCGUCACAAAAUGACUUUGAUCUCAAGCGGCUACAACAACAGGCACAAAUGCACCAACAGCAACAACAAUCGCACACACAUACGCAAGCAACUCAGCACUCGCAUGGCUCGAAUGGACCUAAGAUGGGGCCCGGGGCGGGAGCCGGCAGUUUCCCGAAACCCGGUCAGCCGCAAUCGCAACAACAGCAAUCGAAUCCCCAACAGCAAUACUCGUCUUAUAACUCACCGAUGGGAGCAGCAAGUAAUCAAAACAACGCUGGGCAAACAUUUAUGCAAGGGCCCAAUCGCGCUGCAGGCGGUGCGGGCGGUGUAGGUGUAGGCGUUGGUAUGGGCGGAGGUGGUGGCAAUGGAGGUCAACCCAACAUAACGCCACAGCAAAUGUCGCAGCAACAACAGCAGGCUAAUGCACAACAGCGGGGAGGACCUCAAAGUGGACCGUCGCCGAACGUGAACAGCGGCUCUAGUGGCAUGGGCAGCGGUCCAAAUUUAGGCGGUCCCAAUGGACAAGGCAAUCAAAAUGGGUCUGCUGGAGGCAUUAAUGCAGGUGGCGGUAAUACCGGUGGCACGCAAGCAGGUCCAAAUAUGCAUCAACAGCAGCAGCAGUCGACAACUACAACCUUGCAAAUGAAGCAAACGCAACAGCUGCACAUAAGUCAACAAGGCGGCGGGCAUGGUAUCCAGGUAUCGACUGGGCAGCAUCUCCACUUAAGUGGUGACAUGAAAAGCAAUGUGUCGGUGGCCGCACAGCAGGGAGUUCAAUUCUUCAAUCAGCAGCAACAACAGCCCCACGGACCUGGAGCACAGCAAGGGCAUGUCCCACAACAGCAACAACAGUCACAUGGUCAGCAACAACAGCAAAAUACUCAGAAUCCACAACAGCAACAACAAUCGCAGCAGUCGCAACAGCAACCAAAUCAAAAUCUCAAUCACGGGAACGGACCCUCAGACGGCUUCUCUAUUUCGCAAACGCAAUCAAUGAACUUCACACAACAGCAGCAGCAAGCACAGCAACAGCAACAACAGCAGCAACAGCAGGCGCAGCAACAAACGCAACAGAAUCAACAGAUGCCGUCCAAUAUGCGCCAACGUCAAACACAAGCACAAGCAGCGGCCGCUGCAGCUGCAGCCGCAGCGCUAGCUCAGGUCACUUCGACAAAUGUAGGUUCGCCAGUCGGCCCUAAUGGGCCGAAUACCAACAAUGCGAAUGGGUCAAACAAUAGUGUACCGAACGGUCCAAUGGCCGGUGGUCCUGGCAGUCUCAUGAGCCAGCAGCAACAACAGUCGAGCGGUCUACAGUCGAACAUCGUGAGCGGUAACGUGCAUGGUAGUCCGAAUGUACUUCAGGCCGGCAUGAACCCUAUGGGUUCUAGCGGUCCCGGGUCACAAGUGGGCAUGGGCGGCAUACCAGCUAUGAGUAGCGGCAACGUGGGCGGACCAAAUCAAAUGGGCGGCGGUAUGGGUGGAGGGAUGAUGCCGGGCAAUGGCAUGUCGCAUCCGAAUGUCCCCAACGGUCCCAAUGGCCCGAAUUCGUCUGCGGCUGCCAUGAUGAUGAGUGGGGGCCCGAAUGGUGGAGCACCGAUGAAUAUCAGUCAAGCAAAGUUCUUGCAGCAACAGCAAAUGAUGCGCGCACAAGCGAUGCAACAGCAACACAUAGGCGGAGCGCGACCACCACCUCCCGAAUAUAAGGCAUCGCAGGCGCAACUUAUGCAAGCACAAAUGAUGCAGCAGACCGUUGGUGGGGGCGGGCGGUUCCCGAACGCAGCAGCCCAAGCGGCGGCGAUGCGACGUAUGACGCAGCAGCCUAUACCGCCAUCAGGGCCAAUGAUGCGUCCUCAGCACUCCAUGUACAUGCAGCAUUCUGGUGCGAGCGGUCCGCGAUCAUCUAUGGGCCCCUAUGGCGGUCCAAUGGGACCACAGCAGCGUCCACCCAACGUACAAGUAACUCCUGAUGGUAUGCCGAUAGGAUCGCAGCAGGAGUGGCGUCACAUGAUGAUGUCGCAGCAGCAGCAGAUGGCUUUUGGAGGUGGAUCAGGCGGUCCAAUGAGACAAGGACCUGGCGGGUUUAACGGCGGUGGUUUUAUCACAAACGCGGGCGGCGGCGGUCCCAUGUCUGGUGGUGGUAGUAGCAGUAUGGGUCCCGGUCCAAACUCUAGCAUGCAGUUGACGCCAGUGCAGAUUCAGCAGCAAAUGAUGCGACAGCAACAGCAGCUACAGUCACAGCAACAACAAAUGUUACCGAAUGCAGGUGGUGGCGGAGGGCCAGGACCCGGAAGCAUGCAGAUACAACAAAUGCUACAGCAACACCACCAGCAGCAACAAGGUGGAUCUGGCCCACAUGGACCCGGGUCCAGCAGUAUGAUGACCCAAAUGCAAAUGGCCUCGCUGCACAUGUCACAAGCGCAGCAGCAAAUCACCAUGCAACAGCAGCAGUUCGUGCAACAAACCACGUCGACCUCAGCAACGCACCAUACGCAAAUGAUGCAAAUGGGGCAGAGUGUGGUAAACAAUAGUGCAGCCGCUGGUGGGUUGGUGGGUGUCCCAGGCGCGGGCGGACCAAACACAAGUGCUAGUGCUCAUGGUGGAUCCGGUUCCGGUGGCCAUGGGCCAAGCAAUAAUAAUAUCACAAGCAAUAACAUGUCGGCGGCUGCAUCAGUUGCGGCCGUAAAUCAAUCGACUAAUUCCUCUGCUCCAUCUAAUACUGCCAGUGCCAUAAAUCAGACCAUUAACUCUGUGGUGGCCAACUCAAAUGAUUUGUGUCUCGAAUUCCUCGACAAUUUACCGGUGGACAGUGGCAACUUUUCCACUCAGGAUUUAAUCAAUUCGCUAGACAAUGACAAUUUCAAUCUGCAAGAUAUUCUGUAGAUCGAAAGGCAGGUCAAAUGCACGCUGGUGCGUGGAAGGAAGUAGAAAUGAGAUAACUGAGAUGCCAUUCCUGGUGCUGGUUAAUGAAAAACUACUCUUAUCGUAUAUUUAAAAAUACACUACGAGGCAAUUCGAACCUAAGCCCAAUAUAAUCAAAGAAAUUUAGUUGGCAGUUGGUGGAGCUCUCAAAGAGCAGUCUCGAAAAUCAAACUUUUAUUUCCAAUCGUUAUAUAAAAAACACUCCUCCGCCUCCGCCCUUGAAAUUUUAAAUUGAAACUUAAUUUUUACUUGAUUGUAUGUACUUUAACUGUACUUUAAAACUUUGUUAAGUACUCAUUUAGUUGUUGCUACAAAUACAUAUGUAGGUGUACUGUUUUGCUUGUAUUAAGUUCGAAACUUAUUUGCUGACGUUUUUGCUGAAAGUUGUAAUAAUUUGUAUUAUUCAAGAGACAUUCCAUGAAAUUUUCUUCUAAAACAACACUAAGCUAGUUUUUGCACCGAGAUAUGUGUGACUACUUAUACAACUUAUAAUUAUAAAUUAUAACAAUGUACUUAAAGUGGAUUGUGUUAAAGCUAAAGCAGAUUACAAAAAUAUAAAUACGAACAACUAAACAGCGCGAUAGACACUUUUAGCAAGUCGGUAGCAAUAUGGCGUAGGACCCUUAUUUUUUUAACUCGCACAUACUUGCAUGUACAAAAUUUAUACAAUGUAUGGAUGCAUAUGCAUGCUAUGACUUUUCGUUUAGUUUUGAAUUUGUUUCAUUGAAUUUUUCACAUUUUGUAUAUUGAAGCGAUUUGAUAAGCAGUAAAAUAAUGUACAUAUAUGUUCCAACACAUGCAUACAAACAUACAUAUUAACAUUUAUACGAAUCCCGUAUAAAUAAACGUGUUAAAAUGCAAAACAACAAAUUGGUGAUAUUUUUUCUAUUAUUAAUUAAUCUUAUUGAAAAGAAACCCAUAAAAUAAGCACCUGAAAUGGACUUGAAAAAGCUAAGAACGAUUAAAAUCAAAUUCGUUUCACUCACAAAUGAACAUCAUUAACAAUACACACACAUUUAUAAAAGAAAAUACAUAAAACAUACCGCGAAUUCUAAGAAGAAAAUUAAAAGUAGCAGAAUAAUUUAACGGGGAAAAAUUAAAACGAAAGCAGCAGCAUAAUUAUACAAAAAAAAAUUAUUGUAAUUAUCUUUAUUGUAUUUGUAAAGGAUGUUUCGAAAUAUUUUUUAAUCUAUAAAUUAUUUUUAAGAAAUCCAUCAAAGACACACCCAAAUAUGCAAAUAUACUUACCUAAAUCUUCAGAUAAAGCGAACAUUUGAGGAUAUAAAAUGUAAAAACACAAAAAUCCGUUGUUAUUUUUUAAGUUACACGCAGGCAUACACUGCAGAUUAUUGCAUAAAUGUAUACACACAUACAUAUACAUACAUUUGCAUACAAUUUUACAAUAUCAAAUGUAUAAGUAACUCAAAUAACAGGUGUAUUCUAACAAUGUACGCCCCAAAAUUAUUUAUUUAGUAAGAGUGUAGUUGGUAGUGCUUAAGUGAAACAUUAAAAGGUUUAUAUACAUAAAAAGAUUUUACGGAGAAAUUUAAAAUAACUAUAAUUUUUAUUGUAGUUGCUAAGCAAAAGCAAAUGAAUACAAAAGUACAUUAACAAUUGUUAUUAAAAUUAUAUUAAUACACGCACUUAAAUAAAAGAAAAAACAAUAAAAGGGAUAAAAGUAUUAAACAAUAAUUAAGCCAUUUCGAAACAAAUAUUAUAGCGCUGGCAAAGUAUAUUGACCUUUUUGGAGACUUGAGUUAGCACUUAUGCUUCGAAAUCGCAUAGGCAAAUUUCAACAAGAAGAAAUGCUCUAUGUUAAAAGGUUUUAAUCAUAUUCAAAAGAAAUUCGUAAAUCAUAUAUACUUUUGAUGCCACCAAAUAUUAUCACAGACGUGUAUUUGCCAAACCUAUAAAAGAAGAAAUUAAUUCUAUUAUUGAGUUGUAUUCGUAGGGUCGUCUUUGCAUUUUGGCAAAAGUCUUUCUCUUCAUUAAUGCGCAUAAAUUUGUUGUGGUGUUUUUUAAUAUUAUUUGAAUCGUUGGGCGGGAAAAUUAUUUUAUUAUUUUUUUUUUUAAGAAGAGAAUGCUUGUUUCACAUAUGGCUUAGAAAAAUCGUGUAUGGCUCAUUUUUAAUAAAAACAAAAACAUAUUAAAGGAUUCGUUCGUAAACACAAUAUUAACGGUACACUGCUCGAUGAACAAAAGUAACUUAAUUCGUUAAAUAAAAACGUGCCAUUAAAAGCUUUUGGGCAAACAGUUUACAAUACUGCGAAAUCUUCUUGUAGCCACUGCAAUAUUACAGCCUUGCUUGAGGACUCUUUCGUACAUACAGUGUUAGGUGCACUGCACAAUCGACGAUAGCAAAACAGUCGUGUGAAUCAAAAGUAUUUUAAUACAAGUGGUGGCAGGACUACUGCCGAUUUCUGCAAAUAGGACAGCAAAUAUUUUGCUGUUGCGAGAAAUUGAAGUUGCGUUUUCGAACAAGCCCUGAUACUCUGUUGGUGAUGUUCAGCUCAUAAUCCGUUACAAUAUUGCAGAUGAUUUUUGGCAUAGACUGUGAUAUCUGAAAGAGUUAAAAAGUAUGGCAUAGCAAAUUCUAUCUAUUUUCGUCGUGUGAAUCAAAAGUAUUUUAAUACAAGUGGUGGCAGGACUACUGCCGAUUUCUGCAAAUAGGACAGCAAAUAUUUUGCUGUUGCGAGAAAUUGAAGUUGCGUUUACGAACAAGCCCUGCUACUCUGUUGGUGAUGUUCAGCUCAUAAUCCGUUACAAUAUUGCAGAUGAUUUUUGGCAUAGACUGUGAUAUCUGAAAGAGUUAAAAAGUAUGGCAUAGCAAAUUCUAUCUAUUUUCUAGUGAUGAAACAUUUUUAAAAAUUUUCUUAGGAACAUAGAUUAAAUUUUUUUUUCAGGACUUUGGCCCAAAGAGCCGAUCUCUUUUCGAAAUCAAAUUCACCCACAAAAAUAAUAAAAAAACUAUAUUGAACAUUAAAAUAGUACUCACUUUACUUGUUCUGCAUACUAGUAAUUAUUUAUUACUUUUACUUCUAUAUUUUCAAAUAAUACGUUCGGCGCGAAAUAACAUCUUCAAUAUUGCGGCAGCUAAUUAACUGAGUAUCAGCAACAAGCUAUCAAAAGAGUAAUAGGGUCGCAGUUAGUGAAGCUCUGGAGAUGGAUAGUAUAAAAUACUUCCGAAAAAACAUCUGCAUGUCAUGGAGAGCGUUUAAGUCAGUAGAAAUACUCCAUGUGCUUCAUGUUUGAAAAUCAGUAAAAAGUGUCUGCACAUGUGUAUACGUAUUACUGCGAACUUACACCAUAGACGUACGAAAAAUUGUGUACAAGCAUUAAUAUAAAAUUAUAAAUCAAAGGCCCAACUAGGGCUACAACUAAUAUUCGAAAAUUAUACAAAAACAAUUUAGUCUUAGUCCUUAAAAUAUACACAGAGGUUGCACCAGUGCCAAUUUCGCCAUUUUCCUUGGUUCAGUUCACAAUUCUAUUGCAUAAAUAUAUAAGUACACAUACCCAUAGCCACAGGAAAUAAAAUGACAACCAAAUGUUUGACACUAAAACUAGCCGACAAAACUAGUACAGACUGCAAGUAAAGCGAAAACACAGCAAAAAUAAAUGACAUAAAUAAAGUAACAAUGUAAACUAAAUCAAUCAUUAUAUUUAACUAAUCUUACAUCUUAUUUCCAUAUAAAAUAAAACCCUAAUAACCGAACUAAAUAUUACAACAAAUCGAACACACCUAGAGCGCAAGCAGAAGUUACAAAAUGAAAGGGAUAUACUAAAUAGUGAAACCAUAAAGGAAAAUCAACUCAUUUAUUAUUCAUUAAAACAAGGUAAAAUAAAAUAUAUUAAAUAAAUAUUAAACCAAAACACCAACAGUUCAUGCAAUUAAAUAAUAACUAGAUUCAUUAAGGAAAUUGUAAUAACGUGCUUUGAAGUACUUUUUUUCAAUGUACGUCUAAGCCGUUUAUCAAUAUUUUGCAACGAUUUUUAUUAUUUUGUAAAAAAAGUAAACUAAGACGCCCAGGAACUCCGUCAAUAGCGCAGCAUUAAAGAAAUUUACAAUCAUUCAAGGCUUGUUCGAGUUCCAAUCACAACCGCUCGGUUGCGCGAUUUUUUACAGUGUUCUGUUCGAUGUGAAAGUGUGGCGACUUCGGCAAUAGUAUAGCUCUCUAAUAACAGUUCGUGCCUCGAACAAGCCCUUUUUAUAUAUAGAGGUAAUAAGUUUUGUUUACUAAUUUGUAUUUUAAUUGCAUGAUAAAUAUAAUACUUACAGCCUAUUUUCUAACGAAAAAUUUAGAUUUGAAAUUAUCAUAUUGUACACCAUUGCAAAGCUAUUUUAUUUUAUAUUAACAAGGCCAUUCGUUUUUAUUUUACUGUAGUGUAUAUUUUUACUCGACCUCGAAGUGUAAAAAUUUACAUACUUUUUUUUAAAUACAAAAGAGUAUUACUGCGCUUUAUCUGGUUUUAGUUUUAUGAUUAUAAAUACACGUAACUGUUUUACAGUAGAAAAUUAUAUAGUAGUAAUAGAUACCACAUAGCAACAAUAAGAAUUAUUAAAAUAAUCAUUACUAUUAAGAAAAGUAAAUGAAUGAAAUAUAAAAAU